AUGAGUAUUUUAACUCGUACGGCAGUAGCUAAGGAAACAACAGCGAAAGAUAUUGCAAAAGAAAUGGGUUCAAUUUUAUGGUUUCAAUUGUUAAUCGAUGUUUUGUUACGUAUGAAGCAUACUGAUGAUGCUAAAACAGUAUUAAUAGAAACUUGGCGUGAGAAUUAUACUGGAAAUUCUUCUGAACUGGAUAUAAUUAAAGAAUUUGAACAAACAUAUAAACGAGAAAAAGCUGUUUGGUGGUACACUCGUGAAUCAUCUCUUUAUCGUAUAUUGAAUAAAGCAUUAAGAGAACAAUCAAUUGAUAUGAUAUUUUCAUUUCGAUUUUUUCUAACUGAAUUAUCAAAACAAGUUUCACAAUUUUAUAAGGAUUAUAUGCAGCAAUUAAAAGCAUCAAAUACGGUAUGUGAAUCGAUUCAUGUUUAUCGUGGUCAAAUUAUUGCUAAAGAAGAACUUGAACAAAUGCAGAACAGUAUUGGUGGUUUUAUCUCAAUCAAUAGCUUUUUUUCAACAAGUCGAAAUAGAUUAAAAGCACGAAACUUUGCUAUGGGAUCACCUGUUACCGAAAAACUUCGUCGUAUAUUAUUUAAGAUUGAAAUUGAUCCUCGUUUACCAACAAAACCUUUUGCUGAUAUUGAAGGGAUUAGUUAUAUUCCAGAUGAACAAGAAAUUUUAUUUAUGCUUUGA